AAUCAUGCCAAGAGGAAGGAAUAAACAUACGCCCUGUGAUGAGAAAAUGGGACAUCGAGAAGUAAUGAGGAGGAGAAAAGAACAACAGACUCAGCAAGAAAGAACACAACAUCUCCGAGGUAAUCCAGAAAUAAACAAGGAGAGAAGGGCACAACAGACACAGCCAGAAACAUCUCACUGUCUCCAAGAUAGUCAGGAUACACAGCGGGAGAGAAGUGCACAUGAGACGAACCAGGAGAGAAGGGCACAAGAGACACAGCCUGAAACAUCUCAGUGUCUACAAGAUAGACAGGGGAGACAGCGGGAGAGAAGUGCACAUGAGAUGCAGCAAAAAACAACUCAACGUCUCAGAGAAAAAUGUGAGAGGAAGGAGGAGAGAAGGAAUAAGGAGACACAGCCAGAAAGAACUCAACGUCUCAGAAAUAAACGAGAGAGGGAGCAAGAGAGAAGAACUCAAGAGACAGAGCCAGAAAGAAGACAACGUCUCAGAAAUAGACGAGAGAGGGAGCAGGAGAGAAGGACUCGAGAGACAGAGCAAGAAAGAAGUCAACGUGUCAGAAAUAAACGAGAGAGGGAGCAGGAGAGAAGAACUCAAGAGACAGAGCCAGAAAAAAGUCAACGUCUCAGAAAUAAACGAGAGAGGGACCUGGAGAGAAGAACUCAAGAGACAGAGCCAGAAACAAGUCAGCGUCUCAGAAAUAAACGAGAGAGGGAGCAGGAGAGAAGAACUCAAGAAAUGCAUCAAGAAACAACUCAACAUUUUGAGGAACAUCAAGAAAGAAUACAAAUGAGAAGGGAUUCAGAGAUGGGAGAUGAAAGAACUAGAAGGCUGGAUGAACAACGAAAUGCACGACAUAUAAGGAGAAAUAUUAAUGCUGAUGUUGGUCAAAUGACCAAUGUUUGCCUUCAUUGUCGAGCUAAAUACUUCUCAGCAGAAACUACCAACUUUUGCAGCAUGAAGGAUAUGGCGGCUAAAAUGGAAGGUGAUAGACUGAAUUAUAUUCGCACGAAUCAGGUAUCGUUGAGGUCAACGACGUACAAAGGACUGACGGAUGCAUUACGUGAUGAUGAUGACUUGGAAAACAUUGGAAGGCGCAUCAUCCUCUCUUCAACAUUUGUCGGUGGUCCCAGAUAUAUGAUGGGACGAUGCCAGGACGCCACGAUGUAUGUUCGGAAGUAUGGUACUGCUGCAUACUUCAUUACAAUGACCUCCAAUCCAAAUUGGAGCGAGAUCCGACAGUGCCUCUUUCCAAAUCAGCAGCCGUCUGAUAGACCGGAAUUAAUAGCAAGAGUAUUCGAGCUGAAAAGAAAAAAUAUUCAUGAAGACCAUCAUGGCUGGAUGGCUUCUUUGGAAACUGUAUUGCUUUCAUCUUGA